AUGCGUAGGGAGGGGUGGGUUGCGGGUGAGAGAUGGCUUUCCAAGUUCUGCACAAGGAAAGGGGUGGGUUGUGGGUUACGGGUGGGCGGGGAGCAAUGGGUUUCUGGUGGGAAGGGGGGUUACAGGGACGGAGAAGGAAGAGGUGGAUUUGGUGCGACUGGGGGAAGAAGGGAUGAGUAA